UAUAUUAUGGUGCAGUUGUUAGUCUAUCAAUCAAAUCGACGCACCACGCAACCGGAAGUCGGUUAAACGGAUUAUAUCUAGCUGUUAACAACAGCGUUUUGAAGUUCGCUAUCUUUGUUUUUGAAAACACUCGUUUUUUACCAAACUAAAGUAAGGGAACAUGUCCGACAACGAAGGAGAUUUUGAUGAUGGAGACUUUGAUGACGCUGAAGAGGAUGAGGGAUUGGAUGACCUGGAAAACGUUGAAGAUGAGGACCAAGAGAAUGUGAAGAUCCUGCCUGCAGGGGAGGGGUCACAGGCUAACCAGAAGAGGAUCACAACCCAAUACAUGACCAAAUAUGAAAGGGCCAGGGUGCUGGGGACACGUGCCCUGCAGAUAGCCAUGUGUGCCCCAGUCAUGGUGGAGCUGGAGGGAGAGACAGACCCUCUGCAAAUUGCCAUGAAAGAGCUAAAGUGCAGGAAGAUCCCCAUCAUCAUCCGGCGGUACCUUCCUGAUGGCAGUUAUGAAGAUUGGGGCUGCGACGAGCUCAUCAUCACAGACUGAGCCAGACCAAACAGGACUGGCAGAGGCAGGGCCAUACCACCUCGCAACCCACUAGGCUGGUGUGAGUGCAAGCUUUUGUUCCAGCAAAGCAUUAACACACCUUAUUCAACUAAUCAGGGUCUAUUUAAGACUAUGAAUAAUUGAUUAGUCAAAUCUUGUGUGGUACUGCGUGGCUGGAACAAAAGCCUGCAUACAUACUGGUCCUUUGCUAUAACAUCACCUACCCCUGCACUGGGCCAACCAGCUCUACGAGCAACCUGCAGAGUGAAGUCCUAGACUGGGGUGUUAGACUUUUUACAUUUUAGGCCUGUGACCUCUCCCACUGUAUCGCCAUGAAAGCAUUGACGCAUAUACAAUCUAUGAAGUGAAAGUAGGGCUUCUAAAAGCUAUGUACUUUUAUUACAGCUGUCAUUCACAAGGGAGAACUGUAACUCAUGUCUACAUUUACAUUGUGUUAGGUAAAAAUUUAAUUGUGUUUAUGAAUAGUUUUAUGACGGGGAAGAGCAGUUGCUGUGGAAGAGCUCUUUCUUUUAUUGUUGUGAUUAAAUUCUUUUGUAAGAAAGUACUUUUGUAUAAUUUUUCUUACCAACACAAUUGGCUUUUUGCAUGCAUGUGACUUUUUUAUAAGAUUUAGAGCCAAAAAAUAUUUGCUUUUUUUUUCCAUGCAGAGUUAAUUGCAAAACAUCUGUAAUUAAAUAUCUGUUACAAAUGGUGCAACUCACAAA